UUUUUACAAGAAACAAUAACACGAAAAUAUCCAAAUCUUUUCAAUCAAUAUUCACAAACUGUAAAGGCAUUUAAUACUGAAAAAACAUUAAAAAAUUCUCUUACCCGAACGAAAUAUCAAUUACAAGUAGCUAUGGAAACAGAGGAAACCUCUAUAAGGAAAGGAAUAGUUCUUAAUAAGUUUAGAAAAUACCUAUCACCUCAGGAAACUCAAGCCUUAUUAGUCGAAUACAACACAGUUAAGAAUGAGUUAAAGAAUACCAAGAGAACUAUUACAAGAUUAAAAGAAAAAAUUACCAAAUUAAUAAAUUUACCUGAUCAGGAUAUAGAUUC